AUGGCCAUCCUGGACGCGUACAAUGGCCUCAGGGAUUUAGUGCCCACUCUAUCAAGGUUGACUUGCCGCAGCAGAAAGGACCGUCCACGAAAUCGUGCCGCAGCAAGCGCGCCACUCUUCGGCAGUGAUGCCGAUAUGACAUCGACCGAUGUCGUCGUCGCUUUGCCUUCGUCAUCUCAUCCAGCCGCCAAAACCGAGGUUGUUGUUCAGAGGGCUAUCGCCAGUGAAGAUACCGAGCGGCCUGACCAGGGACCAGAUUCCAGGGAGGGGGAAGAUGGAGCUUCAGCAGUAGCACCAAACAGCGGGGAAUGUACCCCCGACCGCACGGCGAAAGGAGGAACACAAGAUACAAGAGGAAACAACAAGAGUAGCGAGGCUGCACAUGCUGCCGAGCGGGAGAUGACGAUUGUGCUGUGGGCCUUGAGGGAUGCCGCGGCGCGUGUGGUGCAGGAAGAGAUGCGGUGUUUCGCUCGCAGAAAACGCUGGCUGCUGUUUCGGACUGGGCAGAGGCAGCGGGAACCAGGAGAAGGAGAACACGGGGAUGAAGGGCGUUCGAUGUCUACGGUUGGCGUUGAAUCCCCUACGGGGACGGGCGUGGUUUACCGGCCGGAAGUGGCAGGAGGACUCCCGUGGGCGAUUGCUGCCGGGGUGUCGCCGAUAGCUCCCUCCUCUGCCUCCUUCUCCUCCUCCUCCGCGAGGGUAACGACCGGAAGAACGACGAUGGCAGGGACAUCAUCAGCCACCGGCGGAUCCACCGGGAUAACCAUGACGGCAGACACAAGAAGAAACCCCGCGACAAGGACAACGAUGGGGGAAAACAAAAGAAAAAGUGCGGACGAGUCUUGGGCGUCGUCGUCCCCGACCCCGAACCGGUCUACCCACACCGCUUGUUUGACGGUUUCGAGCGUACGGAGCUCUCGGGCGACCCCAAGAACGACGACUGCGGCAGGGACACCAGCCUCCGGAGGAUGCACCGGGAGAACCACGACAGCAGGAACAACAGGGAGCAGUUCCGCGACAAGAAGAACGAAGGACAGUGCAUGUGGCGAAAGUCCGGAAACCUCGUCGUGUUUGGUGUCACCGACCACGAGCCGGUCUCCCCACACCGCUGGCUCGGCCGUUUCGACCCCGUGGACCUUCCAGCAGUCCACCAGAACAAGAACGCAAGGCAUCAGCAAAGGUGACCCUGCGCCGGAACUGGCCUGGACCUGGGAGGAAGAGAGGGGAGAAGGCGAGCCACCUGACGAGGAACACACCUGGACCGAUGCGAGACGGACGACUAGCAGGGCUGCACGAUGGCCAAAAUUGCCGUCUGAGGAGCGCAAGAAAAGGGAAAACGAAGCGCAUUUGCGAAGGAACAAAUCUCGCUUGGGCGUGACCCUGAGGGGCUUCGCGAACUUAGAGUGCCAGGGUAAUUUCGUGCUACCGGAGAUAAUCAGGAUGCAGGAUGCGCCUUACGCAAACGCAAGUUGGAGCUUGGCCGUGGCGUACGACGUGGGCUCGUGGCGAGGGGGUCUCCGGCAGAGGUACUACUUCGGUCGCUUGGUCCGUUUUCUCGCUCACCGCCGGAGCCGAAAAGGUGCUCUCCGGGAACGCGUGACAGCCCGGAUGGCCAAGAGGCUCCAAGCAUGGGCUACUGUUCUCGCCGAGGAGAAGCGCUCUCUGAUUUGCGAAAUGAAAGCCCGCGCUCAUGCGGAGAUCGUCGGUGCUCACCUACGCUUCCUCUCGAGAACCGGAACGUGGGAGCGCCUGCUGCUCGACCUCAACCAAAUCCUUCAAACCGCCAUGUCUCAGCGGGAACAAGCGAUUGGCCUGCUUUCGGAGCAAGUCGCUCCGGAAACGCGCGGUGCAUCUGGGCAAGGCCGAACAGCUCACUGUGAGUCGGUGCGAGUAGACGCCAAGCCGGCGAGAACACCGACGGACUCACCCCAUCGCUUCCUGAGGGCCCGAGUUGGUUCCUCCUACAACAACCACCAAAGAACGUCUUCCACACACACCAGCAGCAUACAGGGAGGGUCGCCUGACACGUGGGCUGACGGCAGCUUCCCGGUAGCUUGCGGAGAAUAUUCAGCGGAGAAAUCGGGAAGAAAAGCGGGGGGGUCGCCCGGCCACCCCGCCACCAGGGAAAACGUAGCGGGAAGUCGGCACAACAGUCGUAGGGCCAGAUUGACAGCCGAGUUUAGGCGUAGGGCGGGCUUGACGGAAAUUGUGGAUGAGCGGAUCCUACGGUGCUUGCAUCCCUGGAUUGUCACUCUGCUGGCGAGGUCUGGUGUCCAGUUUGUGCCGUCCGUGCCGCACAAGCACAGUGUAGUGCUCCGCUUCGUACCUUCCAUGCUUGACGAAACGGUAGCGCGAUUCGAGUGCAACACACAAAAUUCCUCUGCAUCGUGUCGGCUUCAUCCUGCGGCCCAUUCUCCCACGUUGACCCCAGUGUCCCGGUCGUUCUUGCCGUGGUUGAUUGUCGCACGCUACUUGAACAUCAUGCCAAACGUUGGGGCAAGGAUUGGCUUUUGCAUCGAUGACACAAGCAAGGUGGAGGCGCUUGCGGAGACGCAGCUGACGAGACGUUACUGGAGGUUGCUGGAAGGCGUGUCGGACGCCGUCUUGCUUGUAGGUGCGGCCAAGAUCGAGGCGGCCACACUAGCGGCGGAGGCGGGGGAGUGGCUUCUCCUUCUGGGAUUUGCGCACCACCUCGUGUCCGAUGGGCACGUUGGCCUUCCCUGUACUCUUCCCGCGCUGCCUCGGAAGAGCAGCAUCAAAGGGCCUACCAGCAGCAUCAAGGUGGUGGGCGUGAUGUCAAAACAGGCCAAUUAUUUCCUCGGCCCGGUCCGACGAAAACGGGUAGAAUAUGCGCCUAGGUUGGAAGGGGAUGCCCCUGCCGCCCAGUGUCAGCAACAAGGACCGGUGGCAAAAGAACAACACGGUCAGCACCACCAACCCAGCGCCCGCCUCUACGCUACAGGACCUACGCAUCAGGGGGGGCAAGGUCAAGCAACGUCGGCGCCCAAAUGGUUUUCGGCGCACAAGAGCCUGUGCGAGACUUGCUGGGCCCUGCGAACCGGUGCCAGCGGUGCCGGGGGCUCGAAGUGCCAGAGGUGUGGCAGGACACACGUACGAGGGUUUUCCCACGAGAGUUCGAAGCGAGGUGGUGACGUCACCGCGGAUCCUGUCCCCUUGCAGCAGUUCAGCCAGGUAAAAGAGUCCCUGGACUUGUUCAUCGUCCACGCGGCCUACGCGUGCGUGCUGCACCCGGGCCCCGCAAACAAUGCAACGGUCGCUGGCGGCCUCGGCGGGGGCCUUGGUUGGUGGAACGGUGGAGAUACCGAGCAGGCUUGGUGGAGAGCAGUGUGCCGCGGGAAAGGAGCGGCCAAGCGUUUGCGUGACGACGGCUGCGACACGGUAGGAAAGCUCUAUACGUACGUCCGAGGCUCAGCAGUCGGAUCGUCCUCCUCCUUGGCGGGGUGUGGUGACGGUUCUCCCCCGAAACAAGCCAUAUUCCGCACGAAGAAGCUGCGGAGGCUAAUAAACGACGGGGAUCUAGCCACGAAGAUAGCAUCGCUGCUGCGGCGUCUGAUGUCCGCCCUCGAAGAGCUGCGGGUGAGGGCCGGGCUCUAUUUGGUCGUGAGGUUCAUCCGCAAGGCGGUGGGAACACCGCAGGAAGAACAAGGUUGCAGCAAAACAAUUAGAUGGCGGUUCAACCGGGGGACGAGCCCAUGCGGCAUGAUGCUAAUAGGGCAACGAGUUGCUAGGGCAUCGAAAAAUGCAAUGCGCUCGUUCGGGCAAACCAUCCCGUUUGUGUACACGUUGACCACGUUUGCUUCUCUCUCUCGCGUGGUGAUGGACGCGACAAAGAUCAUCAUUGGUAGCCCGACAGUCAUGAACGAUACAGUCUCAGGUGAGAAGCCCCACAGGAUGCCAAGGCCAUAG